UCGUGGGGUGCGUUCAAGACGACUCGUGAAGCCAAGUGUUCACGCCGUUUGACAUAAUGGCAGCUGCUACGUGGAGCUGUUUGAGCAAGAAUUUUUAUACGUUGACACUUCUUUAUAUUCUCUUACACGUUACUUUUGAAACGGCCGCUGCUGCCCCAGAGACGGGUUUAUGGAAAAUUACCGCUUCACCUACUUCAAGACCGCUUUUGUUAAGAAAAUCCAUGUUCAAAGACACUAACAUUGAAUUGAAAGUUUUGUCAUUUGACUGUCCUGAUGAGGUAAAAUUCACCAUUCGCUGGUAUUUGAAAUACUACCCGUGCCACAAUGAAUUCAGCAAUAUUGAUGAAAUGUAUGAAAAAACACCACUGAGUCAUGGGAACAGCCUUGAUCCAAAACCUCUUGUAAAAGGAGAGUACAUCGAACACAUGCACAAGCCUAUAAUGUGUAACAGUGAAUUGCGCUCCUUUCCUAUGUUUAAAAAAGCCAAGGCACAGCCUCGACCUGUCGAACCACCUGUUGAGGGAAAAGCCACGGAUAAAAAUGAAAAAUGGAUUUCUGAAGAAUACAGUAGUGAUGGAGUGAAAAACAACAGUACAACCGUCCAAGACAAUGUUAUCGCCUCCACGUGGAAGGAUGGGCCUUAUUUACUCGUGGUGAAGGUUGUGCCCAGUAAGCAAGAUGUUGACUGGAAUUUAACAAUGAAUGUGGUGAUGAAAGGCAGGCAUGGCUACAUUUCCAUCACAGAAUACCCUCUCAUGAUUUUCUACAUGGUCAUGUGCGUGGUGUACAUCCUCUUUGCCCUGUUUUGGUUCAUCUGGGCCUCCUGCUACUGGAAAGAUCUACUGAGGAUCCAGUUUUGGAUCGCAGGUGUCAUAUUCCUGGGAAUGGUGGAGAAGGCAGUCUUCUGCGCUGAAUACGAAAACACCAACUCUGUUGGCUCUGCUUCCCAAGGCCUGCUGAUUUUUGCCGAGCUGAUUUCGGCCCUCAAGAGAACUAUAGCCCGAUUGCUCGUCAUCAUCGUCAGCCUCGGCUACGGAAUUGUUAAGCCUCGAUUGGGGACCGUAAUGCACCGCGUGGUUGGUCUGGGAUUUCUGUACUUUGUCUUUGCUGCUACUGAAGGCAUACUGAGGAUAACCGGGGCCAAAGACUCUGACUUGGCCCUGCUGGCCAACAUUCCCCUGGCUCUGCUUGACUCCUCUCUAUGUUGGUGGAUAUUUGUCAGCCUGGCUCAAACCAUCAAGACUUUGAAGCUGAGAAAAAAUCCAGUCAAGUUGUCCCUCUACAGACACUUCACGAACACACUCAUAUUUGCAGUUUUUGCUUCCAUCAUUUUCAUGGGUUGGACAACAAAGAAAUUCCGUCUAGUAGAUUGCCAGUCAGAUUGGAUCGAACUGUGGGUGGAAGAUGCUUUCUGGAGGUUUUUGUUCUCCCUCAUUCUACUUGUCAUAAUGUUUCUAUGGAGACCAUCUGCAAACAAUCAAAGGUACGCUUUUACACCACUCAUCGACGACUCUGAUGACGAGGAAAUCGAGGAAUUUAUGGCCUCUGCGAACAUUGCAGACGGUAUUAAACUGAGAGUCACAAAAAAUGAAACUAACGGUGCCGUGAAAUCUCCGGAAACAAAUUUGGAAGAAGACUUGAAGUGGGUUGAGGAAAACAUUCCGAGCUCUCUCACUGAUGUUGCCCUUCCGGUCUUGCUCGACUCUGAUGAGGAGAUCAUGACGACCAAGUACGAGAUGUCCAAGCUGGAGUGAUGGGGAACCUUCAAAGGUCUCAGCAAGGGCGAUAACAAGUGGCUACUCACGACUCGUAACAACUGGUUCAUCUUUUCCUCUUGCAGAAUCAGUUUGAGCCUUUCUUUCCAAAGAGAUGAAUCUAUUUUAUAUUAAGUGCUGUAUUUAUUUGCAUUAAGCGGGUUUUUACAAGUUAAAAUGGCCUCAUGCAUGUAUACAUUCAUAGAGAGACACUGUGUUCGUGGGGAUUCAAAUGAGUCUUAUUUAUAAUAAUGUGCAGAUCAAUGAGUAGCCAAAAGGAAUCAAUUAAAUUAUUAUUUCUUUGAUUUAAUGUGAGAUUUUUGGAAGCAUGCAUGUGUUCGGGAGACACAAUGUUUAGAUGACAUUGGAAGAGAACAUUCUGCUUCUAUGCACUCUUCACCAUCAACACUGUGCCUACAUGUCAUUCUUGUAUGAGGCUUGAUGUGAAAUUCCAAUUGUCACAGUGCUGAUGUGUCAUCUCGUGUAUGAGUGGGUGAAGACAACGUCAUUUGUACAAAUAAACCUCGGGCAUGUAUGGUAGUUAAGUACUUGGGAGUUUUUCUGUGUGUGAGUGUGUGUCUUUGAAGCAUUAUAUUGUAUGUCAGUAAGCAGUCGUGUCGUGUCCUUAUUUAUUUGCGAUGAAAGUGUACUUAAGUCAUUUGUUAGCUAUGUUUACGCUUAUUGUGUUUACACUGUCUUCUUCAGAGCUGGACCAAUCUCCUAAUGUAACGAACAAACUUUUUUUUUUCUUCUUAACUGCAUUUGUUUGGAUUCUGUGCUCAUUUUCACAAAUACCUUAAUCAAUGUUCUUGUUUUUUUCCCCUGUUCAUGUCUCAAAAUGUCAGACGGAUGGUGUUGUCGCUGUAGUUUGAAGUAAGAGAACUAUUGUCAUGCUUUCAGUGGUUAGCAAAAGCACAAGCUGAUCACCAAGAGAGUUAUAAUACUGUUAUGUCAAUGUUGACGACCGUUUCCAUUUUAGGGCUUGUCGGAAACACGGAAUAUAUGUGUUGAUGAUGGCAUGCAGUCUUUGGUUUAUGUGAAUUACAGACACCUGCACCUUGAAUAUUUAUACAGAUGCCUGUUUGUUUAAGGCCAUAAUUCUGAGUUAUGAGGGUUACACAUGAGGGGUUCCCCCCCUUUUUAUUAAGAUUAUUUUUCAUGUAUUUCUAAACUUUUCCAUGUCGGGAAGUGUUCUAAAUUAGAUUAUAUUACAAAAGUAUGUUGGAUUUCCUGGACUAUAAUUUGCAAUGUGAUUACUUCAAUAAAAGGAGUUAUUUUACAAUCAU